CAGGAAAACAACUGUUUACAGAAAGGAGGGGAAUUUGCCAAUGGGCAAUACCUCACUUUCCCUCCGAUUCACCAUUUUGCUUUCUCUUUCUUUCGCAGCUUCUUCCUCGUCUCCCUUCUUCUUCUCCAAAUCCCCAUCCUUAUCGCCUUCGAUUCCCAAAGCUACGCCGUCCGAUUUGCUCUCUCUCCUCGGCCCGCCAUCGCAGUCUUCCUCGGUCAACCCUUCGGUCGCCGAUGAACUCAAAUCCUGCUUCAAAUUCCUCGUACCCUUCACUCCCAUCGAUACCCGAAAAACCGCAGAUUCCAAAUCGCUUUCUUAUAGACGGUUCUUACUUAAGAGUCCAAGAGAUGAGGAAAACGAGCUCGUUUGGUGGCCUCCCGAACCGGUUCUCGAACUGGCCAGGCUCGCUGUUGACUCUGGUGGUGAUCCCGGUUCAAUCCAUCGCGCCCUUGAUCCAACUGUCUUGCCUGUGCCUGAUGUCGAAGGAUCAAAGGAAAAUAAAUGUGGGCUAACCAGAACGCCCUAUGGUCGACGCUUCAUAAGUCAGGAGUUGAAUUCAUAUCUUGAAUACUUGUUCAAACUUAUUGUUGAGAGGGGUCCUUCUGUUGGAUUGAAAGUUUCAUUAACUCGAUAUGAUUUGUUUCAUGGUCACCUUUUUAUUGCCACAGAGACCGGAAGGCUUGGCAUAUUAUUUCAUGCUAAAGAAUACCCAGCAUAUGAUAAAGACGUGUUUCCAAUCAACAUGGGAUAUUGCCAGAAGGGGUCCAACGUGACUUAUGAUGAUGCAAUGAACUUGAGAAAUAUUCUCUGGCUUGCUCCAUUGCCAAGCAAUUCAACAAAAGGUUGGAUGGCUCCAGGAGUCCUGCUCGUCCUGGAUGCGCGUCCCGGAGGAAUCAUAUAUAAGGAUCUCAUACCUGAGUAUGUGAAUUAUGUGAGGACAAUAUACGAAGAUGAUCUGGGCAGUGUUGUCGUUGAUGUAAACUAUCUGAACAUUGGAGAUCCACAGCCUGAUUAUCAGAUUUUCAUUUGCUGAUUCUUCUUUGGGUAAAUGCUCUCCUUUUAUCACUUGAACGAUCCUAAUCCACUCAAGUGCCUUCCAAUCUUCAUCAUUGGAAACAUACUCAAUGCUUCAUCCUGUCUAGGUGGUUUUGUCAGUAGCAGAUUAUCAAUUCUUUUACAUGAUCCUCAGAAUGGAGGUUGAGCCAAAGAUGAGCAUGAAAUCCGACCAUUGUUUCAAUAAUUGGUGCAGAAAACCAGGGUGGAGGAUUGGACUUUUGGAAGCUUGGAUGCUCAAAAUGCCAAGCCAGUGUUUCUGACUGUUUAAUGUCCAAAAAGCCUCACUUUUUAGUUAAAACGUCAAAUGUCUAAUUGAUUUUGAUUUGUAGAAAGAAACUUUAGAAACCAUGAAUGCAACAUACUUGCCCAAGUUCUGUUUU